AUGGACGAAAAAUACCUUGACGAUGAUACCCAGUUGGCUCAGAUGGGCCACAAGGCUGAGCUGAAGCGGCAAUUCUCUUUGCUGUCGAUGCUGGGUCUUGCUUUUGCGAUUCUCAAUUCUUGGACCGCACUGUCAGCUAGUCUAUCCCUCAGUUUGCCUUCUGGAGGUAGCGUGAGUGUUGUUUGGGGCCUGGUCACUGCUGGUAUCUGCAAUCUGUGCAUGGCAGCCUCUCUUGCCGAGUUCCUUUCAGCUUAUCCUACUGCUGGAGGUCAAUACCAUUGGGUUGCUGUUAUUUCUUGGGAGCGAUGGAUGCCAAUUUUGUCUUGGAUCACGGGCUGGAUCAACUGCUCCGGCUGGGUUGCCCUGGUGGCGACUGGCGGUUUGCUCGGUAGCCAGCUGGUUUUGGGAGUCAUCUCUCUCAUGAACCCGGAUUACGAAGCCCAGCGCUGGCACCAGUUCUUGAUUUACGUUGCCUACAACCUCGUUGGAUUCGCGAUCAACGCUCUUAUGAACAGAAUCCUCCCUCACUUCAACAAGGCUGCCUUCAUCUGGUCGCUUACUGGAUUUGCCGUCAUCUGUAUUACUGUUCUCGCAUGCGCCUCGCCGAACUUUAACUCUGGAGACUUCGUUUUCCGCGAGUUCCUUAACGAGACUGGAUGGCCUGAUGGUAUCGCCUGGCUGCUCGGACUACUGCAAGGUGGUCUUGGUGUGACUGGAUUCGAUGGCGUCGCCCACAUGAUUGAGGAAAUCCCCAACCCCUCUGUGGAGGGCCCCAAGAUUAUGAUUGCCUGCGUCGGUAUCGGUACCGUCACUGGAACCAUCUUCCUCAUCGUUCUGCUGUUCGUCGCUGGUAACAUCAACGACAUCAUCGAGUCCUCCGCCGGCCCUCUCCUGGCUAUCCUGAAGCACGCCACCCAAAACAACGCUGGCGCCAUUUGCCUGUUGAUCUUCCCCCUCGUCUGCAUGCUGUUUGCCACAACUGCCAUCAUGACGACUAGUAGUCGCAUGUGCUACGCUUUCGCACGAGACGGCGGCCUUCCAUUCUCAGGUUUCUUCUCAAAGGUCCACCCGAAGCUGAAGGUGCCUUUGAACUCGCUGAUUCUUAACCUGGCUCUCGUCAUCGUUUUCGGCCUCAUUUUCCUGGGCUCCAGCAGUGCAUUCAAUGCCAUUGUGUCUUCAUCAGUCGUCAUGCUCGACUUGGCCUAUGGUAUUCCCAUUGCCAUCAACUGUCUCCGUGGACGCAACACCCUUCCCGAGCGGGCCUUUGCCCUCCCCAACUGGCUUGGCUGGAUCCUGAACAUCAUCUCGCUGGUUUACGUCACCUUGACGACCAUUCUGUUCCUCUUCCCUCCCGACCUUCCUGCUACGGGCAGCAACAUGAACUACUGUGUUGCCGCCUUUGGCAUUGUCUUUGUCAUUUCCACGAUCACUUGGAUUGUCGACGGUCGCAAGAAUUACGUUGGACCCCGAAUUGAGGUGGAAGUGCUUGCUGGACAGGCCGGUGAACAUGCGGAUCACCCACCAAUUCCUAUGGUCGAACAGAAGGCGUAA